UUAUGUCAUGGCGUUAACAUUUGGCUAGCAUGCUAACGUGUGCGCAGUGCUUCUUCGCGUCUGAUUGUAUCUUCUUCUUCCAGUACUUGACGCUUCAUCACGAAACUGAUAAGCAUGAAUACGUCAGCUUUAAAGUGACAUUUCCUAUCCUAGCACUCCUAAAUAAAGUCAAUGUUUGCUAUGUAGCUUUCUAGCUAGGCUAGAAAAACAUGCUAGUAGCUGCUAGCCGCUAAUGCUAGCUAACAUGCAGCACAGUCAACCGUUCGCCUCGAAGAUAACUUUCUAUCUUUUAAUUUAUGAUAAUUGAUAUUUUCAUACCUUUAAAAUGACGAUAGAGGACAUCGUCGAAGGUUGGGCUGUUUAUUUUAACGGUGGUCUUGCAUUGAAUUUAGCAAGUGCACGGCUCGUCUGUUUAGAAGCAGCGAGCGUUUAUGUUCCGCCCACAGCAGAGAGAGAAUGGCUUCGCUUGUAUGGAUACACAUUAUUUAAAAAAUAUGUAUAACCAACAACUGCAUAUUUAAUACAUCGCAUGUAAUACAUUUCAGUUAUUAAAUAUAUAUUUUUAAAUGAUUUAGAUUUUGAACUCUUUUUAAAUUCUUUUUUUUUGUUUAUUACUUAUUUGUUUAAAAUGUCAGGUAAGUGUUUUGCAUAUAGUCCAUAUUUGCAGAUACAAAUCCUAAUUCCAACAUUGUUUGGCUUUCUUCUCGUCGCUCCUGUUACCGUGGUAACGGGGAGAGCGAAGCGGACGAGCGCGGAAGACCCCGGGAAAAGUGACGUCACUGAGCCGCUCUCGCCAUCCAUCGGUUAAACUCUGACCUUAGCAGUCGAUGAUGAUGAUGGUGCUCAACGGGGACGGCGGUUCCGCUCGCAAACGGGUUCAGCAGACGGACCGGUACCGGAAGCAGAAACUUGUGUCGAGAUUGAGCGACUCCGGUUUCGAGGAAGACUUGGCUGCUUGUGUCCCGACGUGUUCUUCUUCCUCCACCCGGGCAGUCCCGUCGCCGCUGCGGGUGGACGAACCGGGGGACGCGGCAGCCGCGCAACAGUCCAUUUGGUACCAGCAGUACGGUGACGUUGGCUACAGGAUCCAGAGGGAGAGGGAGGCCCUCUUUUAUCCGUGCAAAAGUCUCCUUCUGCAGCCACAAGUGACAGCCGAGGCACGCUGCAAGCUGGUCAGCUGGCUCAUCCCCGUGUGCAAACACUUCCGUCUGUCUUUCGAGUGCUGCUGCCUGGCCGUCAACAUCAUGGACAGGUUCAUGGCGUGCACGCCGGUGGCCGCGGACUGUUUUCAGCUUCUUGGCGUCACCGCGCUGCUCCUUGCCAGCAAAAAGGUGGAGGUGUGCUCCCCAAGUAUCAGUCAUCUCUUGUCGCUGUGCUGUGACGCCUUCACCAAGGAGCAGCUCUGCAACCUGGAGUGUCUCAUCCUGCUGCGCCUCCACUUCCGCCUGGGUUCGCCCACCCUGGCCUUCUUCCUGGACCACUAUGCCAACCGCACGGCGCUUCCCGCACAGUGUGCCAGCCUGGCCCGUAAAGUGUGCGAAUUGAGCCUCGCCGACUGCACCUUCGACAAAUACGCCCCGUCACUGACUGCCAGCUGCGCGCUGAGCCUGGCGUGCGAGUUACUCCAAAAGCAGCGGGCGAAUGCCACAACUUGUCCGCGGGACAGCAUGAUGGCGACUCAGUGUGAGGACACUUCAGCGGCAUGGAGGCCUGAUCUAGCUCAGGAGUGCAGAAACAACCUGAAACUGCUGCUUGCACUCAAUCAGGAGUCAUUAGAUGCAACCUUCAACAUGUGAAAAUAUAUCAUAUUUCACUUUUAUGACGCUGGUCUUGGACUGAUCACCAGUCAGUCAGGGCCGUUAUUGAUCCAUGAUCAUUUCAGUCAAGGUCUGGGGCAAAAGGAAGAUGCAAAUUCAAACAAGAACCAACCAACAGCGAGCAUAUGUUACUAAUAGUUAGUUAAGGGAACUUAUUAAACAAAUACACAUCUAUAUUUGUCACAGUCUGAAGUUAAACUUUGUAAAAACUGCAGUUCGACCUGGAAAAAAAAAUAGCAUUCAAAAUCAGGGUAGGGCAGCCCCUCAUUUUAUCCCUAGCCCUUUCCUGCUCCAUCACUGAUAAAUGAUAAAUAAAUGAUAAAUGGGUUGUACUUGUAUAGCGCUUUUCUACCUUCAAGGUACUCAAAGCGCUUUGACACUACUUCCACAUUUACCCAUUCACACACACAUUCACACACUGAUGGAGGGAGCUGCCAUGCAAGGCGCUAACCAGCACCCAUCAGGAGCAAGGGUGAAGUGUCUUGCUCAGGACACAACGGACAUGACGAGGUUGGUACUAGGUGGGGAUUGAACCAGGGACCCUCGGGUCGCGCACGGCCACUCUUCCACUGCGCCACGCCGUCCCUGAUAAGAAUAUAAUAGCAAAUUUCCACGGACAUUCACAAUGGCACACAGAGUUCAUGCUGGGGUGGAGUCCUGGGCAGCAGGAUGUGCAAAUUUAUGUUUAAAUUAUGUUCAAUUUGUUAUUUUGCACUAGACAUUUUUUGAAAUAUAUAUUUUGAAUUUUGAAUUUUUAUAUUUUAUUAUUUUAUUUUUAUUGCAAUGAUUUCACAAAAUUAUACAAUA